GAAAUCGCGUAAGAAGCUAAUUUACAAAUCUGCACCUUCUUUCCUAACCCAGCCACCCAGCACUAGUCACCUUGUGCUAUAAAUAUUCUCUGCUUCCUUCUCCAAACCAUUCACCCUUCGUUUCGUUUUGUUUCGUGUGACUCUCAUAGCAUAUGUCUCAGAGGCCCAGCGUUCCUCAUUCUUCCUCCAUAGCCUUCAGCCUCCAUUCUCAUCUCCUGGUCUCCAGUGAGAUGAACCCUAACUCCAACUGGUCUUCUCUUUAAUCAUUAAUUCCGAAACCAAUUCAAUUAAUUCUUUAAUUCUUUUCAGUCUCUCAUACCAUACACAAAAACAAACCAACCUUUUUUUCUGUUUGUUUCUCAAGAAAAUUCAACAUGGGCGUCAAAGGUUUUGUUGAAGGAGGCAUAGCAUCCAUCAUUGCUGGGUGCACCACGCACCCUCUCGACCUCAUCAAGGUCCGGAUGCAGCUCCAGGGCGAGACCCACGCCCCCAACCCGAACCCUAACGCGGCUCCCCCCCCCCCCCCCACCACCGCCGCUAGACGCGUCUCUAUCCCUCUCCCUCCCCCACCUCCCCCGGCGGCGCGUGCGGGUCCGAUUGCCGUCGGCGUCCGCAUCAUCCAACAAGAAGGCGUUGCCGCCAUGUUCUCCGGCGUAUCCGCCACCAUGCUCCGACAGACUCUCUACUCCACGACGCGGAUGGGCCUCUACGACAUUCUCAAGCAGAAAUGGACCGACCCGACGACCCACAACAUGCCGCUCCCUAGCAAGAUCACCGCCGGGUUGAUCGCCGGAGCCAUCGGAGCCGCCGUGGGGAACCCGGCCGACGUGGCCAUGGUCCGAAUGCAAGCCGACGGUCGGCUCCCGGUGGCUGAGCGCCGCAACUACAAGAGCGUCAUCGACGCCAUAGCCCGAAUGGGGAAGCAAGAAGGGGUUACGAGCCUCUGGCGCGGGUCGUCGUUGACGAUCAACCGAGCGAUGCUCGUGACGGCGUCGCAGUUGGCGUCGUACGAUCAGAUCAAGGAGACGAUCCUGGACAAUGGGGUUAUGCGCGACGGGCUGGGGACCCACGUGACGGCGAGCUUUGCCGCUGGGUUCGUGGCUUCGGUGGCGUCGAACCCGGUCGAUGUGAUCAAGACCCGGAUCAUGAACAUGAAGGUGGAGGCAGGGGCUGAGCCGCCGUACUCGGGGGCUCUGGAUUGCGCGCUCAAAACGGUGCGCUCCGAGGGGCCUUUGGCGCUUUACAAAGGGUUUGUGCCUACGAUUUCUAGGCAGGGACCUUUCACUGUUGUACUGUUCGUGACGCUGGAGCAGGUUCGCAAGUUGCUCAAGGAUUUCUGAUCGUGGAAAUGGACGGUUGUGAUUUAAUUCGGUGUGUAUCCUAUGAUGACGAAAAAUAGUGCUUUUUAGAAUAUAUGAAUAAAUAAUUUUUAUUGAUU